CGUCACGUCAAGUCGCGGUACACGGAUAAGUCCCAACACGAGCUUCACGACUACCACGAGCUUCACCACCACCACCAGCAGCACCACUACCGCCCCGCACGAUGUCCGACUCCGCCGCCCCGGCAGACCCCGCCGUACCCGCCGACCCCGGGCUCCUCCGGUGGACGCUCGGCUUCCUUCUCGUGGGGAUGUGCUGGGGCCUCACCAACCCGUUCAUCCGCCGGGCCGCCCUCCUAUACACACCCACGCCCACCCCCUCUCACAACCCGAUCAUAAAGCUCCUGCACACAGCCCACGACCUUCUCCGGCACCCGUCGUACACAAUCCCACUUCUUCUGAACCUGACAGGCAGCGUAUGGUUCUUCCUCCUGAUCGGGCAGGCGGAGCUGAGUCUCACCGUGCCGAUCGUCAACUCGGUCGCGUUCCUGUUCACGGUGCUCGGCGAUUGGUGGGCGGAUGGGAAAGUUGUCGAUCGCAGGACCUGGGCGGGGAUUGUCGCUGUUUGCACCGGGAUUGGGUUUUGUGUUUGGGGGAAGAGUUAGG